AAAUAUUUUCUUUAUUAAUUAAUUUCACCAACUCUCUCCCUCUCUCUCCUCUCUCGUAAUUGCCCUACUGUGACAGCUCUCGCCCGCGCAGCUCUCAAACCCUUGGCGCAAAGCGAAACAGAAGAAAAAGGAUUAUUGUGUUGCCAUGUCUCAGGUUGAUAACAGAAAUUCUUCAGCUGCCAAACGUGCUCGAACCGAUGGUGGGCGCAGGGAAGAUGACUGGACCUGCCCGAGCUGUGGCAAUGUGAACUUCUCUUUUAGAACAACUUGUAAUAUGCGUAACUGCACUCAGCCUAGGCCAGCCGAUCAUAACGCGAAACCUGCUGCAAAGCCAGUCCACGCAACUCAGGGUUACUUAUCGGCACCUCCAUAUGUUGGGUCUGGUGCACCUUCCUCCAUGUACAUGAGAGUCUCGCCAUACGGAUCUCCUGUGUUCAAUGGAACAUCUGCCCCUCCUUAUGAUGUUCCAUUUUCUGGAGGUUCAACUUAUCAUUAUAAUUAUGGAAGUCGAUUUUCAGGAGGUAGCCCAUAUCGGCCUUUACAUAUAUCUGCACCGCCUCCAUAUUCAAGUGGAUCAGUUAUGCGUAGUGGUGCGGUGUAUGGUAUGCCUCCUAUGAUGGAUCAGUAUGGCCUGAGUUUCCCAAUUAACCCCACCAUGGGUCCACGGCCUGGAUUUUUUCCUGAGGAGAGAUUUCCGAAAGCUGGUGAUGGAUCUCGUGGUGACGUUGACUGGGCUUGUCCAAAAUGUGGAAAUGUCAAUUUUUCAUUUAGAACAGUCUGCAACAUGAGGAAAUGCAAUACACCUAAGCCAGGAUCUCAGAUGCAGGUUUUUGCCAAACCUGCCAAGAAUUCAAAACCAGAUAUGCCAGAAGGAAGCUGGAAGUGCGAACAAUGCAACAACAUUAACUACCCUUUUAGGACGAAGUGCAACAGACAGAACUGUGGUGCUGAUAAACCUUCGGAUAAAAAGGAAUCUCCAUCAGAAACAGCUGAUGCAAAAGAUCAGUGAGUACUAGGUAUGUCUGAGAAGGUCCAGAGUCGUCCAGCACAUUGCUCAAUAUGGGUGUCUGAAAGUCAGUCAUGUCAUCUUCCUGUUGAUGGCGUUUUCGAGUUACCAAGCCCUGUUCCAAUUCGUGUCAAGUUGUAUUAACACUCUUGAUAUCCUGUGGUCCUAAUCAAAACCUUACAAAUUUGCAUCACGUGUCUGUCAGAUUGCUCGCAUUAGAUCUUGGAUCUGGUUGUUGUUAUCUAGGUUUAUGUACUUUGGGAUGUCGGAUCUUAGUGGUAUGAUAACGUACGACUAGUAAUGUCGUGACCGUCUUCCAUUUGGUUUUAUUUUCCUCUGUUAUCUUAAUGAGCUGUUGUUCUAAAAACAUGUCUGCAAAGUCGUGAUAUUUUAAGCUGGCUUCA